AUGUCUACGAUCAUGUCGGACAAUGAUGGCUUUCCUGAUACAGUCCGUCGUGAUGGCUUUACCUCCGACCAUGGCAUUUUCCGAACAGAGGUCGGCAACCUGAUCGCAGUUGCACCUGGUCAAUUUAAGAAGCUGUUUUUACCAAGGACCACUUCUGCAGGCAAGAAAGCAUUAGAGAACCCCGACUUUGUCCGUGCUCAACUCACACAUUAUGGUGUUGAGUUUGAGGAGAGUGAUAUUUCUGGCAACGGACUUGAGCUGCUGAAAACUUUUAUGAAAGCUGGGAUGCUCAACAAAAUCCCCGCACAUAUUCUCCAGCUACAAGCCGACAUGCACCAAGAGUGGAUCAACACAUGCACUAUCGAACAACUAGGCACGGAGCCACGCUGGUUACUUGAGAGGUAUUUCUUGUCUAAUGGUGUGCCCGACCAUACCAAAACAAGAACCCUUCUUGCAGUACCUUUUCCAAAAUCAUCGCGACGCCUCCCUCGCCUCCUGGAAGAAGCCGCGGGAAAUGUCUCAGGAUUACAUGCAAUGCAGAGCUCGGGAUUCGUCACACGAACGGUUUUCAUAGCUUGGGAUGAGACAGUCGUCAAGGUAGCAGUUCAAAAGCACUACCAUGAGGAGUAUGUAGCUCAUCGAAACGAGCACGAGCUCCCAAACCUGGCACCGAACAGAGACAAGGAACAACAGAAAGCUCAUCGAGAUUACCUUGAUAGCAUUGGCCUGAAGACAAACGGCUUUACCCCGGUCGGCAGCUAUGUUGUCAGAAUUGAACUGAUUGAGGCGGUAGUGAAGUACCAAGAAGAACAAUUCAUCAUUGACAUUUACGAAACCAACACAUCUGGUCUUUAUCAGGCUGACUUUGAUUUCCAAAUGUUCAAAGGAAUUAUGAUGAUGAGCUCCGAUGAGCGUGCUCUGGAGGAAUUUGAGGAUCAAAUCAGUCCUGGUCAUAGUUCAGUGGAUGAGCAGGGCACCACCAUUCCAGCAAAUGAAUUGGAGGAGAGCUCUACAUGGGGAGCAAAGAAGAAGCCUCCAGCAGAAGGGGUCCAGCAGGGGCAGAAGCAAACGAUGGCCACCAAACAGCUUCAUCUCAGGUAUCUCUUCAAACACAGAUGCUACGAGUCGUUCAAAGAACGACUCUUCUUCAUCCCACGACCCGGAAUCAUUCAAUUUGAUGAUGAAAGAUUCCUCACCUUCACAGGCCAGAUGGUGCCCCACUUCUCUGUCAAGGAAAUCAUUUUCACUGGGUACAAGAUGAGUGACAAGCCUCCGCCUACAAUGAACGACUGGGAUGAUUUCGAAGGGGAAGAAGGAGAGAGGGAACCACCUUCAUCCCACAGAAAGAUUUUCUCAAAGAUGGGGUACGAAUGA